AGUCCUCAAAUCAUCACAACUGCAAAUCUUGUCCUUUAACUUCAUCGCCCUCCGAAUGUUCAAGUCAACAGCAGUUCGGCGCGUGGUUCCACGGUUCGUGGAUGAGGGCAGGACACAUAUACAACUGCGAGAGCUGCCACGUUCAGCUGUCCUCACCGACUUGCGCAGACUAUGCAUUCGCAACAAACUUCUAGGUGUAACGGAUAUUGCCAUCGACUAUCACCGCUUCCUCCCUACAGGACGUGCAUACCUCGCCCUCGCUCACACAAAGCACUUGCAGAAGAACCUGCAAGCACUCGACAAGGCAUCUGUGGGCAGUCUGCCAAUAAAAGCCGUGUCAGCCCCUCCCCCACGAUCCGGUCAUGGGCUGGACAAGACAAGGACGGAACGCAAGGUUUUUUCUGGCAAUGGUCCUCAUGGUGGGAUAUCCUCCCGCUUGAAGCAUGUCGUUAUCUGGGGCUUCCCUGGAAAGAUCUCUGAAGAAGCUGUUGAAAAUUACUUGCGUGAUUUCCGGCUGGACAAUAUAGACAAUAAGACUGGGGCCGUCAAAGUCGAGCUCACGGCCAACACGUUCUCCUUAUAUUCACGAUACCUGGUUCGGCCCACAUCGAUUGCUGAGGCUCAUCGUCUUGUACGGAAAUUACACAUGACAUAUUAUGAACCAGAACACUGGGCGAAGAGAUACCAAUUGCGUGCUCGUGUCGUAUACUGACCAUCAGCUCAUA